AUGACCACCUCGGUUGCCGCCCAGCCUGAGUUGGCAUUCCGAGGCAAAAGCCGAACGGCCACUAUGGAUGCCGUGGAAGAUGUCAUCUACGGAUCGGUCGCCGGUAUUGCGGGCAAGUACAUCGAAUAUCCCUUCGACACCGUCAAAGUCCGACUCCAGAGCCAGCCCGACCACCUGCCGCUGAGGUACACUGGCCCCUUGGACUGCUUCCGACAAUCUAUAAAAUCCGACGGCCUGCGUGGUCUAUACAGAGGAAUCAGCGCUCCCUUGUUUGGCGCUGCUGCAGAAACUAGCAGCCUCUUUCUGUUUGAGAGCGUGGGGCGAGAGCUUCUCUACCAGAUCAAGUUGGCUCCUCGGGACAAUGAGCUGACGUUGCCCUUGCUGUGGCUGACUGGUGCCAUAUCUGGUGUCUUCACGUCCUUUGUCCUCACGCCGAUUGAGCUUGUCAAGUGCAGGAUCCAAGCGCCAGCCCUGUCUGAGGGGGCACAAGUUGCCCAACUACGGCCUCUAGCUGUAAUCCGCGAGGUAUAUCGGCACGAGGGCAUCAGAGGCUUCUGGCAUGGCCAGCUCGGCACGCUGAUCAGGGAGGCCGGUGGCUGCUCAGCCUGGUUCGGAGCCAAGGAGACGGUCACAAAGGCAUUCUACAGCUUGAGGCUGCGAUCUGCUACCUCUGAGGCGGAACAAGAGGCGAUCCGGUCGAAGCCACUUCCUCUCUGGCAGCAGGCCAUUGCCGGCGCCUCAGGAGGCGUUUCCUACAACUUCUUGUUCUUCCCUGCCGACACCAUCAAGUCUCGCAUGCAAACGUCGCCCGUGGGUGGCGCCCACCAGCGCCGAGACUUCUGGAGCGAGGGCAUGGCCAUUUGGAGGCACCAUGGCCUGCGAGGGCUGUAUCGUGGGUGUGGCAUUACCUGUGCUAGGGCGGCGCCCAGCUCUGCGUUCAUCUUCAUGGUCUAUGACGGGCUGAAGCGACACGUUCCUAUGCAAUAG